CGGCUUCCGGGCGGUUCCGGGUGCUCUCGGAGCGGCGGUCUCCGAGCUUUCGGCGCUGGCAGGUCCGGCGGCCUCGCGCAAAAAGGCGGGUUCUCACCGGGUAAGAAGGGGAGCUGGAUGAGACCUUCUGUGGCGCGGGGAGACAGAAACACUCUCCGCCCCGAGACCGCAGCGCUCCCGGAGGAACGUUGUUUUAUUCCCUUGCUGGACGCAGGGCAUAACUGUUUACCUGACAUCACAGCUCCUGUUUGCCUCGGGCCUGUGGAAACUCAGGCCGUCUGGAUUUCAGUACGCUGCUGUACGUGAGAAUAAACAUCAAACGGCAUUAAACAUCAUACUGUGUGAGAUUAGCCGAAAGACGACUUCUGUUCCUUUCAGGUGUUGACGUUGGGUAGGCCUCAUUAGCAUAUGAAGAUGGCUGCACCUAAAAACUCCAUCCCUUCCUUAGCCGAAUGUCAGUGCGGGAUCUGUAUGGAAAUCCUCCUAGAGCCUGUAACCCUACCUUGCAACCACACGCUUUGUAACCCAUGCUUCCAAUCGACUGUUGAAAAGGCCAAUCUAUGCUGUCCUUUCUGUCGCCGCCGGGUCUCUUCAUGGACUCGGUACCAUACCCGAAGAAAUUCUCUGGUCAAUACAGACCUGUGGGAGAUUAUUCAAAAACACUAUGCAAAGGAAUGCAAGCUUAGAAUCUCUGGACAAGAGUCAAAGGAAAUCAUUGAUGAGUACCAGCCAGUUCGUCUGCUCAGUAAACCUGGGGAGUUGAGGCGAGAGUAUGAAGAGGAGAUAAGCAAGGUGGAGGCUGAGCGACAAGCCAGCAAGGAAGAAGAAGACAAAGCCAGUGAGGAAUACAUACAGAGAUUGCUGGCAGAGGAGGAGGAGGAGGAAAGAAGACAGACAGAGAAAAGACGGCGUGAGAUGGAAGAGCAGCUGAGAAUCGAUGCAGAGCUGGCACAGAGGCUAAGCUCCAGUAUCAACAGUAACUACGAGAGAAAUAUCUUGGCUUCUCCUUUGAGUUCCAGAAAAUCAGAUCCAGUCACAAACAAGUCACAGAAGAAAAAUACAAACAAACAAACAAACUUCGGCGGUAUUGAAAAAUAUUUGUCACCUAAGUUGAAGCCUGGGACAGCAUGGGAGUGUAAAGCUGUACAUGGAGAAGACAUCUGCAAGUCUAAGGAAACUGACAGUAGUGACACGAAGAGCCCUGUGUUGCAAGACACAGAAAUUGAAAAAAAUAUGCCAACACUUUCUCCUCAGAUCUGCCUAGAAACUCAAGAACAAGGUUUGGAGUCUUCGGCAGAGUUAACUGUGCCACAGUUAUGUGUAAGGGACACUGAACAGUGCCUUGAGGGAAAAGUUGAAACAGUAUCAACCAGUCCUGAUGACUUCUGUAUUGUAAAUGAUGAUGUACCUAGAGCCACAGUUUCUUACCCUAAUGAAGCUGCUUCUAGCAAAAUAGAAAAUGAAGAGAACUCUGUGUCAGGUGUGACCCCGUUACCUGGGGGCAACGGAGUGCCAGCGGAGAAUAGAGUGUAUCACUUACUAGUUGCAAAAGAGAUUUCUGAAAGAGAAAACCAGGAAUCUGUGUUUGAAGAAGUAAUGGAUCCAUGCUUUUCUGCAAAAAGAAGGAAAAUAUUUGUCAAAUCUUCCUCGGAUCAAGAAGAAAAAGAAGUGAAUUUUACACAAAAAUUGAUAGAUUUGGAACAUAUGCUUUUUGAGAGACAUAAGCAAGAAGAACAGGACAGAUUGUUAGCAUUACAACUUCAGAAAGAGGUAGAUAAAGAGCAAAUGGUGCCAAACCGGCAGAAAGGAUCCCCAGAUCAGUACCAGUUGCGCACAUCUUCACCCCCAGACAGGCUGCUGAAUAGACAGAGGAAGAAUUCCAAAGAUAGGAACUCCCCAAAGCAAACUAAUGCAGAUCGUUCAAAAUCUCAGAGGAGCAGAAAAGGUGAAUAUUGGGAACCCUUUAGAAGCACAUGGAAGGGUUCAGUUAAUGGAACAAAGAUGCCGACUUCUACUAAAGAUAAUUGUAAUGUAUCUACAAGUGCCCAUCCCCUACAGCAUAGUAACUCACAGAAAAGCAUUUUUCAAAUGUUUCAGAGAUAACCAAGCAAAGCAUGGGGAAAGAGUUCCAUAAUCCGGGAAAGCUGUUUGCAAAGCUAGCUCUUCUGUCAUAAUAUCCUGAGAUGUGUCAUUAGCUUCUGCUCAGCAAGCACACUUACUGUCUUUAAGGUGUGGUUACAAGGGAAGAAUUUAUGAGUCAGUGAUAAGAAAAUGUCUUUGAGAAUUGUUUCCAUUGUCAAUAACUGCUAUGUUCUAAGUGUGACAUCUUCACAGGUAUAAAAACAAUUUGGUCAGGACAUCUUAAGGUGCCAUUUCCCUUUCCAAAAGUUUUAUGGCCUUUUUUUUUUUCCUUUUUUUUUUUUAAUGAAUGAGUAAGGAGUCCACACAGGUAUCUUCUAUAACAUUAAUUAGUUCCCAUCCUAGUUUUAAUUCUAAGCAUUUUAACAUUUCCUUUUAUUUAAAAUGGAUUAGUAUCAACAUUGAGUAGUUACAAAAAAGCUGCUAGGUUGAUAAUGCAAAUGUUUAAGAGUGGGAUGGGCUGAGUGGUGGAUUGGUAGUUAGGAAAUCCCUGGAACUGAAUGGGUAAUCAGAAACCGGGUCCACCAAGGGCACCUGAUUUCUUGUAGCAGAACAUUCUCCUUAAUCCCUUUGUUAAGUGGCAGAAAAUAUUUAUCAGAGUUUACAGUUUCUUUGCGCCAUGGCAUCUUGGUGUGAAAGGGCAAAUUGGUAUAUUUUUACUGAUCUCUUCUAGAAAAAAAUAAAUUAUUGUAAGACGAUUGUACUGUGCUCUGCUGUUGAACAUCUGGCAUGACCAUCCUUACUGCUUCCUGGCUUAGAUACAUGCUUGCUUGUGCACACAGAUGCAAAGUGCUGUGUGACACAACCAAUGUCAUCUUGUGAAGUUGGGCUUCUGCUAUCAUCUUCUGUUCAGACAACUUAGCAAACUGUAGUUUCAGUAGAGCUUCUUCUUGUGUCCUGGCUCCAUUUAUGUCCUGUGAACAUAAUAAAAUGUCCUAAUGCAGUGUUUGGCUUUAUCCACA